CCCCUCCCCCACCCACCCAACGAGAGCCAACGAACGGAAGAGCGGAAGAGAGAGGGCAAACUCCAAGGAGGAGGAGGUGGAGGAGAGGAGGGGGAGGGGGCGGGAGAAGACAAGAUGCCCCCCGCCCAGGUCUACGUGGAGCCCCUCCCCCGAAGCCGGCCGUCCGACCUGAGCCUUCUCCUCUGGGCCCUGGAAGCCCUGGCCUGCUUCGGCCUACUGUGCGGCCAGAAGCCUGAGGAGACGCACCCGGUGGUGGCCACCAACUACGGCAGGCUGCGGGGCGUGCGCAAGGAGCUGAACAACGAGAUCCUGGGGCCGGUGGUGCAGUACCUGGGCGUGCCCUUCGCCACGCCGCCCGUGGGCGAGCGGCGCUUCCAGCCGCCCGAGGCCCCCGCCUCCUGGCAACACGUGCGCAAUGCCACCCACUUCGCCCCCGUCUGCCCGCAGAACAUCCACGGCAUGCUGCCCGAGGUCAUGCUGCCCGUAUGGUUCCUCUCCAACCUCGACGACGUCGCCACCUACAUACAGGACCAGAGCGAGGACUGUCUCUACCUCAACAUCUACGUACCCACCGAGAACGGUCCAUUAACAAAAAAACCUGAUGAUAAUGGAGCAUUUCGUGGUGUUGAAGAUGAAGACAUCCGGGAUAGCGGCCCCAAGCCCGUGAUGAUGUUCGUGCACGGGGGCUCGUACAUGGAAGGCACGGGGAACAUGUUUGAGGGGAGCGUGCUGGCCAGCUAUGGCAACGUCAUCGUGGUGACCAUCAACUACCGACUGGGCGUUCUUGGUUUCCUGAGCACCGGAGACAUGGCUGCCAAGGGCAACUACGGCCUCUUGGACCAGAUCCAGGCCCUGCGUUGGCUGAGCGAGAACGUGGGCUACUUUGGCGGCGACCCCCUGAGGAUGACGGUGUUCGGCUCUGGAGCGGGGGCCUCCUGCGUCAACCUCCUGAUCCUCUCCCACCACUCUGAAGGGUUGUUCCAGAGGGCCAUCGCGCAGAGUGGAACGGCCAUCUCCAGCUGGUCGGUCAACUACCAGCCGGCCAAGUACACCCGCAUGCUGGCCAAGAAGGUGGGCUGCAACUUCCCAGAGACUGUCGACUUGGUGGAAUGCCUGAGGAAGAAGUCCUACAGGGAACUGGUGGACCAGGACAUCCAACCCACCAGAUGUGCCCAAGGGUCGCGACCUCCUCCCCCAGAUGUGCCCAAGGGUCACAACCUCCAUCCAUCCCCAGAUGUGCACAAGGGUCGCAACCUCCUCACCCCAGAUGUGCCCAAGGGUCACGACCUCCAUCCAUCCCCAGAUGUGCCCAAGGGUCGCAACCUCCUCCCCAGAUGUGCCCAAGGGCCGCGACCUCCUCCCCCAGAUGUGCACAAGAAUCGCGACCUCCAUCCAUCCCCAGAUGUGCCCAAGGGUCGCGCCCUCUGCCCCCCAGAUGUGCACAAGGGCCGCGACCUCCUCCCCCAGAUGUGCCCAAGGUGCGGCUCCCGGAGGAGACCAAGGACACAUCUGCGGCGGAGACCAUCAAGUUCAUGUACAACGCAAUACCUGGCGCGGACCGGGACAACGCGGAGACUGCGGCGCCAAGCCUGCUGGCGCCGUAACCGUCCCAUCACGUGGGGUGGCCCCCUCCUACAUUCGACCACGAUGAUGCUCAGCGCUGUGGUCAUGACCUACUGGACCAACUUCGCCAAGACCGGAGACCCCAACAAGCCGGUUCCCCAGGACACCAAGUUCAUCCACACCAAGCCCAACCGCUUUGAGGAGGUUGCGUGGACCAAGUUUAACUCCAAGGAGAAACCGUACCUGCACAUCGGCCUGAAGCCGCGCAUUCGCGAGCAUUACCGCGCUAACAAGGUGGCCUUCUGGCUGGAGCUGGUGCCCCACCUCCACAACCUACACGAGGUGGUUCAGUACACCUCCACCACUAGGCUGCCUCCAGACGACCCCUUCCUCACCAACCGGGCACAGGGCAAGGGGUGGACGGUCAGCACCAAGCGCCCCUUCGUCACCGCCCCGCCGGCCCGCGACCGCACCGAGGACCCCCCCAAUUACGUGCGCGUGCCGGAGGACUCGCGGGAUUACUCGACCGAGCUGAGCGUGACGGUGGCGGUGGGCGCGUCCCUGCUCUUCCUCAACAUCCUGGCCUUCGCCGCGCUCUACUACAAGCGGGACAAGCGCCACGAGCUGCACCGGCGGCUCAGCCCGCCGCGCAGCGCCGGCGCCAACGACCUGGCCCACGCCCAGGAGGAGGAGAUCAUGUCGCUGCAGAUCAAGCACGAGGGCCGCGACCUGGAGCCCCUGCGCCCCCACGAGGCCUUGCGGCCCGCCUGCCCGCCCGACUACACCCUGGCCCUGCGCAGAGCCCCCGACGACGUGCCUCUGAUGAGCCCCAACACCAUCACCAUGAUCCCCAGCUCUAUCGGCGCCAUGCAGCCUCUCCACGCCUUCAACACCUACUCCGCCGGCCAGAACAACACGCUACCACACCCGCACUCCACCACCAGGGUAUAGUCGCUCCUCGCCAACACCCCCCCCCCCCCCCCCACCCCACAACAAUCCCCCUCCCUCCCCCCCCUCCCCCUCAAAACCAACGACAACAACAACAAAAACAAAAUGGCCGCCCCCUCCCACCCUCAAAAUGAACAACAAAAUGGCCGCCGCCAAACCCUUUGGAGCCCUUUCCACCUUCUGAAACAAAUGGCGGACAUUUUCGACGCCGAACUAUUUUGACGUCUAGUCUUGAAAAAAACAUUUGGACGUGAAGUCUCGAGUCUAGAGUUCAGAAAAACAUUUGGAAAAAAACCAUCGGGUCUGCGGAAGGAUUGGGCCUGGAGGAAUGUGGGCCCAAACGCGGGCAGGUGGGACUAAUGUACACUAGACUCAGACACGUGCACACAGAAGAAUCUUGCCCCCCCCCCCCUGUAAUAUAACGGCGCCUCAGCUCAAGAGAUUUAAUUUCGUGGCCUCCAUACCUCAACCUCCCCUCCCCCACCUCGCUCUACUGAUACUCUUGAUCAGUACGGUUGUCUGGGGUUUAUGGGGGAGGGGGGAGAAGGCAGGAAGAAUGGGGUGUGUGAGGGAGAGAGAGACAGACCCGGCCACGAUCAAAAUGGCAGAGCGGCCUCGAAGGGAUUCCCGGGAUGGCGGGAACAAUGUUACAAUGGGUCGACAGGGCUUGUAUUCACUGGAAUUUAGAAGGAUGAGAGGGGAUCUUGUAGAAACAUAUAAAAUUCUUUAAGGAUAGAUUCAGGGAAAAUGUUCCCGAUGUUGGGGGGGGGAAGUCCAUACCAGAGGGGCCACACAGUUUUAGAAUAAGGGGUAGACAAAAGUGCCGGAGAAACACAGCGGGUGAGGCAGCAUCUAUGGAGCGAAGGAAAUAGGCGACGUUUCGGGCCGAAACCCUUCUUCAGACUUCUAGAAUAAGGGGUUAGGCCAUGUAGGACUGGGAUGAGGAAAAACCCUUUCACCCAGAGAGUUGUGAAUCUGUGGAAUUCUCUGCCACAGAAGGCAGUGGAGGCCAAUUCACAGGAUGUUUUCAAGAGAGAGCUCUUAGUGCUAAUGGAAUCAAGGGAUAUGGGUGGAGAAAGCAGGAACGGGGGAACUGAUUGUGGAUGAUCAGCCGUGGUGAUGAUAUUGAAUGGCGGUGCUGGCUCGAAGGACCGAAUGGCCUCCUCCUGCACCUGUUUUCUAUGUUUCUAUGAAGGGCCGAAUGGCCUAAUUCCGCCCCCUCUCUACCGCCUGUGAUCCAACCUUCCUGCCUCGUCUGAAUGUCCGCCUCCAUUUGCCCUUGUGGAGGUAGUUCAGGCCUCGGCCUACUCGCCGGUCUCUUCCGGCGAAUUAAUGAAUAAAUGAGUGGAAACGCCAAACACAAAAAACUGGAAACAAGUGCCAAAAAAAAAGGAAAAAAAAGGGGAAUCAAAAAUCUCGUCGGCAAAACCGUGAAUCGUGAGUCGUUUUGGAAAUCCUUCGACUCUUUUUCCCUGAGGACGUGUGAGUUGAAAUGUCUCCGCCUUCGUUAGGUUUGGGUCGGGACGGGGGCCAUUUUCUUCUGCACAGGAUUUUUUUCCCCCCCUCUUUCGUGUCCAAUUGCCUUCAAAGACUCGGACGGGCGGGGAGGUGGGGGGGAGGGGGAG